AUGGCAUCUGCUUUGGUUGAUGUUGUUGUGGAAAAGCUUGUUGGGAAGUUGUUAGAGGAGAUAAACAAGGAGGUAUCACUUGUCUGUAACUUCAGAAAUGACUAUAAAUGGCUGAGCAAGAAGCUCACAAAUGUAAGAGGGUACCUCACAGAUGCAGAUGCUCAGAUUGCAAAAAAUGCGUCCGUGAAAAGCUGGCUGCUGGAUGUUGCAGAUAUUGCUUGGGAUGCAGAGGACAUACUCGAAGAUUGCGCUGUUCAAUCUCAAGGUACUAGUAAUGAAAUCCCCCAGUCCUCUUGUGUCUAUGCUUUCAGUUAUUCUCAAUUAGUCUUUCGCUAUAAAAUGGCACGUCGGAUCAAGGAAGUGAAAGAUAGAAUGAAGUCCGUCAUGGAAGAUGUAGCGGAGCUCAAGCUUGUUGAGAGUCUGACUCAUUCAGAGCAACCCUCCACGAGUACAUCGCAGAAUGUAAAUUGGAGGGGGUCACCAAUAAUAGAGAGUGAUUCAAAACCGGUGGCUAUUGAGCCCAAGGUUGAAGAAGUCCUCCGCUUAAUAGAUGAUUCUGCCACUCCUGUCAUUGCGUCGUUGGAAUGGGCGGCGUGGGGAAGACGUUUCACAGACUCCCUUAGAAAGUUGCAGGCUGACGUCGCCACGCGAAUAAAGUUGCAAGCUGAGGAGAAUUUCAAAGAAAAGUUGAGAGCUUUGGAGAACUUGAAAGAAGAGUCGCAAGCAGACAUGGCCUCGCAAUUAAAGGCGCAAGCUGACGAGGACUCCAAAAUAAUGUCUAAAGCUGAAGUGGCAGCACAGCUGAUUCAUGAGUGUUUAACAAGCAGAAGCUCUCUCAUUGUGCUUGAUGAUGUGUGGAGGGCAACUAGGGAAGAUAACUUGAUAUCUGCACUUGGCCUUCCAACUGGAAAUAUUAGCCAAUGCAAAAUUGUGGUCACAACACGAAGCAAACAUGUGAGCAGCAACAUGCAUGCCCGUGUUUAUGAGGUGUACCCUUUGUCACAACAACAGAGCUGGGAGCUCUUUUGUGCUUUUGCCUUCUUUGACAGCCAGCAAAAUCAGCCGCCACAUGAACUUGAAGGGAUUGCUCGACAAGUUGAAAGUUAG